GGGUGCAUCUCUGGUCGUUCCGUCGAAGCACUUGAAGCAUGUCACUUACCUCCGCUUAGCUUUGCACCUCUGUUUUCUAACUCCGUAGCUUCUACGCGUUUUAUUGCAUGUUUUUUUUCUUUCUUUUUUUCUUCUCGUUUGCCGUUGAAGCGUCGCUUCAUAGACGGCGCCGGCUGUAAAAGUCACUGCGCUUGUUCUGCUAACUUGAAGAAGCAAAUAUUUUUAUUUCACCUUGGCCUUUGCGUUAUGUAUGAGCUGUUUUUGUAGACGCUGCCGUCAGCUUGGCAUAACACCAACGUCUCCCGCACAUCGUUACAGCUGUCUUUGUGUAUUAUAUAAGGCAUCCCUGCUGCAUUUCACAUUUUUUCCCUGGCUGGACUCAAACAGCAGCCAAAAGCAACCGGCUAUUUAAGGGGAUUUUCGUUCGUGCGAGUUUUUCUUCUCUCUGCCAUAAUCAUCGAUUGAGCCUCUCGCGUUUUAUUUUCAUCUUCCCUUCUGCGCUUUCGUUGACGCAAGCACGAAGAAAGAGGAGUCCAAACAUUUUUGUUUACCUUGCGUGAAUUUUAUUUUCUAAAGCUGUUGAACUUUUUUUCCUCGCCCGCUUUCUCUGUUUUCUUCACUAUAUAUAUCUGUAUUUUCUUAGUCAUGCCGAAGCAGAAGAAGGGAGGUGGCCGUGGCACCGUCGUGAAGAAUUUGUGGGACCUCUCCGAGCUGCAGGCGACGCUGCCCAGCAGCCACAUCCGUUCCGCCAACACCGCCGCGACGUACCGCCAUCCGCGGCCGGUGCGCAACGUCAACACCGCCGUGCUAAAACGGGCUUUCAUGCUGCAAAACUUCCAGUUUAUCCUGCGCGGCGACCUUCUGACGAUCAGCUCCUCCCAAGGACUUCCGCAGGGGCAGCGGAAGUUGAUGGAGUGCAUUCAGUCGAGCGACAGCAUCGUGCCGUGGGAGACGGUGCACUCGGUGGUGAUGCGCACGACGCCGGACGAGUUUCAGUGUCCGAUUUGCAUGGAAAUGCCGGUCGCCCCGCGCAUUACGGAGUGCGGCCACGUCUACUGCCUGCCGUGCAUUCUGCAGUACAUGAGUCGGCAGAAGGCAGCGGGGGCGCCGCGCACCUGCCCGAUGUGCCAUGAUCAGCUCACGCUCUACACCCUGCGUCCCUGCGUCCUCCAACCGGUGCUGCCCUUAAAGGCGGGCAUGCAGGCCCGGUUUGAUCUCUUCAAGCGGCAGCGCUACUCCUGCGUCCUGCGCCGCUACGACGACCCUUUUCUCUCGCGCCCCUCUCCCCCUCCGCAGGUGGGCGGGCGGCCCGCCAUCGACCUGCCGCCCUACAUGGAGCCUAGCUCCUACCAGAGCCGCUACGUCGUGGCCACGGCGGCCUACGAGGCGAACCAGCGCUGCGCCGACGCGACGAGCAUCUCGGAGAGGAUGCGGGAGUUGGAGUUGGAAGGCGCCGCCCAGCCGCUGAACGAGUCCGACGCCGAAGUCGAGAAAUUUUUACUCGACGCGCUGAAUGAGGUCACGAAGGAGCCAAAGGCGCUGGCGCAGUCGAUGGUGCGCAACUCCCCUCCCUUGGCCCCGCGUCCUGCCUCGAAAGCGGUAGGCGGGGAGGAGGACGAUUACUUGGAGCUGUACGCCGAGGGAGAUGGUCAGCCCUUCUACCUGCACAUGCUCACCGUCAAGAUGUUGAAGCACGAUGCGAAGCUGCGCCACACCGCGCUGCCCGACACCGUCACCGGCACGAUCGAGGAGAUCGUCACGAUGGAGCAGAACGAGGAGACCCGGCACAUCUACAAAGUCUUCUCGCACGUUCCGCUUCACGGAACCAUUAAACUGUGCGUGUUGAACGUUGAUGCGAUGUUACUGGCGGAGACCCGCACGGCCUUCGCUGCGACGGUGCGGAAGAUGGCGAAUGAGCGAGCGCAGCGGCGGCUCCGCGAUGACCAAGUGGCGCGCGAGGACACUUCGUGGAAGCAGUACCUCCACAAAUACAGCGGUCAGCAACGCAGUGGUGGGGGUGGUGCGGGCACCUCGAGUUUCUCCCCCGACACGGCUCCCUCCGAUUUCUCCAUUGACACCGAGAGUCUGCCGUACUUGCAGCUGCCCUCGUCCGGCUCAGCCGGCAGCGACCACGGACUGCCGCCCAGCACACUCGACACCCGCCAGCGUGCCACAAAGCGGCAGGAGUUGCAGCCGCUUUUGGUGGACUCUGUCGCCUUGCGUGACGACGCCGGCGCGCUGGCAAGCGCUGCUGCUUCGACGUCGCUCAUGACGCCCACGACAAACACCUCCAGCAAUACCGGUGGGGGCUGCUGGGCACAGGGCAGCGCGGCGAAGCUGUUUGCGAAGCAUGCCAAGACGGAGGGGCCCACCGCCACCUGGGGUGGGCACGCCUUCCACGCCAAGCCGUAG